AUGUUGGACUUGACUGCAUCCCGAUUCUAUACUACACCACUCACAACACCACCAUCCAGACCGGAUGCCAAGCCUACCCAACGAAGAUACCAUUACCUCGACCAUCGACCACCCGCCGGAGUGCCAGAGAGAGCCACACUUCUGCUACUCCAUGGCUUCCCUGAUUUCUCCGCAGGAUGGCGAAGCGUCGUAGCUCCUCUCCGACUUGCCGGAUUCCGUCUCAUCAUUCCUGACUUGCUCGGAUACGGUCUCAGCUCCGCGCCAUGCACUUCGGCCGCUUCUACCCCCGCUGGCACUGAAUCAAGACUCGCCGAGUAUGGCGGCAGGGCCAUCUCGAUCGACCUCAACGGCUUGCUCGACCACGCCCAGGCUGCAAAAGGUUCUGAAUACGGUGCGGAGCAUCUCACCUCGGACGGCAAGCGAGGCCGCGUCAUUGUGCUCUGUCACGAUUGGGGCUCGUGGCUGGGCUGGAGGUUUGCGCAGUGGUAUCCGGACAGGGUCAUGGGUGUUUGCGGGCUCUGCGUACCCUUCCAAGCGCCUACUUCGAAACCGAUCCCGAUCGAUGCUGUACUGAAGAGUGUACCGAGCUUUGGCUACCAAAAGUUCUUUUCCGAAGAGAGGAGCACCAAGAUCAUUGAGCAGCAUCUCGACCGCUUCCUCGCCAUCAUUUUCAUGAUACCUGGUCUCUUCUCCGCCGACUCUGCCAACGAAGAGGAGAUCCGCGACUGGCAUAUUGUGGGGAAGCUCGAAAAGCUGCUUACCAUGCCCGAAUUCUCCGAGAUCCCACUCAAGUAUCUGGGACGAAACAUCCUCAGCAAGGAACUGCUGGAUCACUACAUCACCGUCUUCCGCAGCCGCGGCAUGGAAGGUCCACUGAGUUGGUACCGUACGCGCGAGAUCAACUGGGAGGAAGAUCGCGCGUUGGCAUCCAAGACCCUGCCGGAAUCACUGCCAGCGAUGCUCAUUAUGCCCAAGGACGAUGUUGCCGUGCCGCCUGCUCUGGGCAAGACCAUGAAGAAGCACGUACCACAGACCGAGUUUGUCGAGGUGGCAGGAAGUGGCCAUUGGGUGCAGAACGAGCUGCCUGGCGUAGUGGUGCAGACUUUCAAGCAGUGGGUCGAUCGCAGUGUUCUUCCCAACGAGAAAAAGGGAAGCGGGAUGCUUGGUUGGCUGCGAAGCAGGUUAUGA